UUCUCAAGCAAAUUUUUUGCAAAAAUGUCUGGUCCUAAUAUGCAACAAAAAUCUAGAUGCUCUCCAACUGGACCUAAACUUAGAUUACAUCAAUCUCAUUGUAAGCAGAAGUCUUCUGCAAAAGCAGUCAACAAAUUGAAUGGUCCUCGGAUAACAAAUAUUGAGACUAUUAAACGCCCAAUUAGGAUAGUAAGAUCUGAUGAUAAGGAUUUGCAGUGUGCCAAGAGUCAAAGCACUAAUAAUGAUAAGAUAAAAUCAACUAUGUGCAAAUCUAAGAAAACUUCUGUAUCCUAUCCUGAUACCGAAACUAUUCCUAAGGUACAAACUAGUAAAGGAGGUACGAUGCUAAAAAAAUCUAGAGAUACUGAUACAACUAAUGGCAAUCUAUCGUCAAAAAUUUUACAAUCAAAGAAAGGGGAAGAGGGGAAAGAAAAUGAAGAGAAAAAACGUCCUGAUGAAAAUGUACCUAGUCUUAUGAAAUCUUCUAAAAAAGAUUCUAGCAAUGUAAGCAAAGGUGCAUUACCAAAGGUACCAACAGGGAAACGCAGUGUAUUAACUUGGAAGCACCCAUCUUCAAAGACAUUUUCUUCGAAAGGAAAAGCAUGCCCAAAAAUAGCUAAACCAAAGACACAGCAACGAUUAGUAGAACCAGUAAAAAAAAGGGUAUUAAGAGACAUCACAGGGCAUCGAACGGCAGUUUACAUAGAAUCAGAGCCAUCAAAAUUAAAAUUGUGUUUGGCACCAUCCUCUGAGAAAGACCCUAUGCCUCCUGAUUCUAGUACUCAUAACGACCCUGGAAAGACAUUUGAGAGACCUGAGUAUAACUCCAUAAUGAGGACCAUUGACGAACUGAGGGAUAUUCGCAAAGAGAAAUUCAUCAUAGGAAUGGAUAGUUUACCAACAGUGUACAAAGAUCUAGUAAACAAGAAGAUGUCGUCAUCGUUGGAUUUCCCACCGGAUGAAGCAGUAUUUACAGACUUAAUAGAUCUGAGCAUCAAUGACAAAAGUCUGCCAUCCAGGCUGACACGUAGUAAAGAUCCAAUUCCGCGCCAAAGAGAUUCUGUACCAAAGCUCUCAGAUUUCUUUGAACCUGAGUACGCGGAAGAGUAUUGCGCUGCCGUUGAACCUCGAUCGCGUACUCCUGAGAACGUAGAAAAUUGGAAUGCCUUCUCGGUCAGUCGGAAGAUAUUUGGCUGGAAGCAGAAUUUGGAUGCCGAUUUCGAAUAACGACAGUAUUUUACAUCAUUAUUACU